UUUCCGGGCCAACAAACUUCAAAAUUUGUUUCUUCUGUUUCAAGAUAUUCUUAACUAUUUUUUUUUAAAUCUUAUAAUGAUAACCUAUUUUAAAAUGUAUAAACUUUGAUAAGCGCAUAUUAGUAAAAUUUCAUAUGAAGAAAGUUUUUUGGGAAUCUGUAUUAUAUCCAGCGAGCAGAAAACGAAGACUUGACGGAAGUCGACGACAAUGGAGAUAAAAGUUUUUAUCGUAAUAUUACUUUUAUUGAGCUUAACCUCAGAUGGAACGGGUUUCGGCAGAAAACGAUCUGCCAAAUGUCAAAGAAGCAACAUGCAGAUUUUAAGUAAAACCGAACAGAAUUCAACAUCCGAUUAUUAUUAUUACUGUGACCCAACAGAGUUUGGAGUAGUACAAAAGAUUCCGUAUUUGCGUUCUUGUUCACCAUGCGACGCGAUAGAAAUCGAUUUCUCUUCCGCUUGUAUCAGAUGCGGGAUGUGCCUUGCCAUUGCUGAAAAGAUAAAUCAAACAUUGCUGGAUGUUCACGAAGCGUUACCUAACGCGUCUUUAAAUAACACUGAGAUCGAAGUUCUGUUGAGGACCAUAUGCGAUUACUCUUUUCAAUCCUAUGGUCUUCGCGAACUAAAUGGAAAAAGGUACAUUUCCGAUAAAUUACCUGGUUCUAUCAUGGUAUCCACGUCCGCCGAUGGACUUUGGGGCAAGAAGUCUGUAUACAAAGAUACUUCAUUUAUGUCACAAUUAUGCAUGUCGCGCGUGUAUUCUGUUUUCUUACGACGGUUUCCUUUAAUACCGAAUUUUAUUUAG